UAUUUAGGUGGUGUAGCCCGGUUUGAAUGCAAUAUCAACUCUGUACCUCAACCGUCAUAUGUAUGGCAGAAAGAUGGAAAUAAGAUACCUCAAGAUAAUAGAUACACUACAUUCUCCUCAGGUGUUCUACAAAUAACUAACCUCAAAUAUGAAGAUGCAGGAUUAUAUCGAUGCAUAGCAUAUAUAUCAGGGAUUGGUGAUGGAAUAGGAAAUAGACAUUUUAAGAUGCUGGCUCCACCACAAAAUAUUACGGGUAUAUAUGGUGAAACAGCUGAAUUAGAAUGUUUAAUAGAUGGCUAUCCUCUACCAGGUGUCAUUUGGACUCGUAAAGGUAUGACUUGGAUUUUUUUUUUAUUUUAUGGCUGGUUACGAGGUGACAAACUAGUGGUAUUAUCUGCUAAUCCCAAUCACUCAGGCUACUAUCAAUGUAUUGGUGAUAAUGGUAUAGGACAAGUUAUGUCAACUGGGUUAUUGAAGGUGUUUAAGAAAGAAGUUCCUAGUGCACCAACCAAUAUAACAUGGGAAAUAGUAUCACCUGGUAUAGUGGAGAUACACUGGCAUCCACCAACAGAACCUAAUGGUGUGAUAACAUCUUAUAUUAUCUUCUAUAAUAUUGACGAAUCUUUACCUGAUACCAAGUGGAACAAUGUCACUCAAAAUGGUAAGUAA